GCGGGGCCUGGAGGACGGCGGCGACGGCGGCGAGCAGCGGCGGGAACGGCGCCGACUAGUCGCGCGGGACGCAGGCGCCGGGAUACGGAGCAUCAAGGUUGACUCUUCACCACACUGAAACCAUUAGGAAAAAUCCUUGUGGUUAACAGCAGAGGCUUCAGAGUGUGUAACCUGUAUUCAGGCCUAGAAAUUAUUUUAAAUGGCGACUGAUACGUCUCAAGGUGAACUCGUCCAUCCUAAGGCACUCCCACUUAUAGUAGGAGCUCAGCUGAUCCACGCGGACAAGUUAGGUGAGAAGGUAGAAGAUAACACCAUGCCAAUUCGACGGGCUGUGAAUUCUACCCGGGAGACUCCACCCAAAAGCAAACCUGUUGAAGGAGAGGAAGAAAAGCCAGAACCAGAUGUCAGUUCAGAGGAAUCUGUCUCCACUGUAGAAGAACCAGAGAAUGAAACUCCACCUGCUACGUCUAGUGAGACAGAACAGCCCAAGGGGGAGCCUGAGAAGGAAGAAAAGGAAGAAAACAAGUCUUCUGAGGAAACCAAAAAGGAUGAGAAAGAUCAGCCCAAAGAAAAGGAGAAGAAAGUGAAAAAAACAAUACCUUCCUGGGCCACCCUUUCUGCCAGCCAGUUAGCCAGGGCCCAGAAACAAACCCCAAUGGCUUCUUCUCCACGUCCGAAGAUGGAUGCAAUCCUAACUGAGGCUAUUAAGGCAUGCUUCCAGAAGACUGGUGCAUCAGUGGUUGCUAUUCGAAAAUAUAUCAUCCAUAAAUAUCCUUCUCUGGAACUAGAGAGAAGAGGCUAUCUCCUUAAGCAAGCACUAAAAAGAGAAUUAAAUAGAGGAGUCAUCAAACAGGUAAAAGGAAAAGGUGCAUCUGGAAGUUUUGUUGUGGUCCAGAAAUCAAGAAAAACACCUCAGAAGUCUAGAAACAGAAAGUUCUAUAUGUUCAAGCCCCAGCUGUUGAAGAAUGCUCUGCAGAGAGCAGUGGAGAGAGGCCAGUUAGAACAAAUAACUGGCAAAGGUGCUUCGGGGACAUUCCAGCUGAAGAAAUCAGGGGAGAAACCCCUGCUUGGUGGAAGCCUGAUGGAAUAUGCAAUCUUGUCUGCCAUUGCUGCCAUGAAUGAGCCGAAGACCUGCUCUACCACUGCUCUGAAGAAGUACAUCUUGGAGAACCACCCAGGGACCAAUUCUAACUAUCAAAUGCAUUUGCUGAAGAAAACUCUGCAGAAAUGUGAGAAGAAUGGGUGGAUGGAGCAGAUCUCUGGUAAAGGAUUCAGUGGCACCUUCCAGCUGUGCUUUCCCUAUUACCCCAGCCCAGGAGUUCUAUUUCCAAAGAAAGAACCAGAUGACUCUAAAGAUGAGGAUGAAGAUGAAGAUGAAGAUGAGUCAUCAGAAGAAGAAUCUGAGGAUGAGGAGCCACCACCUAAGAGAAGGUUGCAGAAGAAAACUCCCGCCAAGUCCCCAGGGAAGACUGUAUCCAUGAAGCAGAGAGGAUCCAAGCCUGCACCUAAAGUCCCAGCUGCCCAGCGGGGAAAAACUAGGCCCCUACCCAAGAAAGCCCCUCCUAAGGCCAAAACUCCUGCCAAGAAAGCCAGACCCUCACCCUCAGUCAUCAAGAAACCUAGCAGUAGCUCCUCAAAAAAGCCUGCAGCCAGUACAAGAAAGGAAGUGAAAUUGCCUGGCAAGGGUAAAUCCACCAUGAAGAAGUCUUUCAAGGCAAAAAAGUAAAUUGUAUAGGAAGAAAGGGUAUCAUGAUAAAAUUCAAAAGUCUAAAUAUUUUAUUAGGUCAGUAUGCAUUUGUUUUAGUUUAAAGCUUUUAAAAUUAAUUUUUUUCCUCCCAUGUGGACAUUGUGGGGAGGGAACACAAACCAGGCUAGGCAUUUGUUAGCUUUAGGGCACUGUUCCUGGUGCCUGCCCCUUCCCUCAGUCACUUUAAUUUCUCCAGUAAUCCUGGACUCCCAAACUAUGGACCUGUACUACCCUUUUUGCUCUUCCUCCCCCUACCUCCAUUCUGUUUUUUUUUUUUUUUCCUUUUUGAAUGAUCUAAUUUAGCUUUUUUUCCUCUUCCAGUUUUAUCUAAACAGUUGCAGAGAUUUUUUAUAUUUGUAGAAAGCAUCAAAAACAGGAUGCUGGUCAGGUGCUAGAGGAGGCAGACUAGCACUGACUGAAUUGCAAAGCCUGCCUACAGAAUUCAGCUACAGCUAUACUAAUCCUAUAUCUAAAAGUCACUCCACUAACCCUUUCUCUCCAACGGUAAACCCAGUUGGCAUUUAGCCCCUCUCCCCGCCUUGGUCACCUCCCAGGUGUUUUCACAGGCCCAGAAUACUGCAGUCCUUAGCGGCGAGCACAACCUCUCUCUGCCACUUGACUUAACAGCAACGGGAAAGUAGGCGAAUAUAUUGAAUCUGAUUUCUGGUGUUAUCUAUGUUACCAAAAAAUCAAAGCAUAUGAAGUCUUCUUGAUCAGAUGUUGAAAUAUAUUUUUUAAUAUUUGGAGCAUGAAUAAUCACUCCCUAUUUGCCUUUUUUUAUAAGGAAAUGUUGGAGAGUUACAUCAUUGCUAAUGUAGAACUGUUAAGAAACACAAUUUGCUAACAUAAAGUAGCUGUCAGAUUCAUCUGUGGGUUUCCCCUCCUUUCCAGAGCACUUUUGAUAUCAAGCAAGUGGCUUCCUUUUUGAAAUAGUUAAAAAAAAAAAAGUAGAAAAAGCAAAUGAAGCCCUACUACCUAACCCUUUUUUAUUUGUGUUUGUUUCAGUAUUGUGAAGUUGUGUUAAAUAGCACUAGCUUUCUAUUUGAGAAAUCCCAGUUUCUGGUUGUCAUAUAUCUUCCCUGUGGCACUUGACAUUUUAAUUGUCUUAAACUUUUUGGUGUACAUCUUCUGACCCCUUGAGUGCCACCAGAGACAAAAGGUGUUUGUUUUACAUUCAUUCCACUUGCAUUGUCUCCUGGGAUCCUUUUGCAGCGUUAAGUGUGGCUGGGAAAUGGACUUGAGAAAAUUGGCUUGAAUUAGAUCAUAAUCAUGUGUGAUCCCAUCAUGAGUUCAUUGGAAUUUGUGUUGCAUGUUAAAGCAAUCUUUCCUGUUGUAAAUCUUCCUUUUUUUAAUGUACAUAUAUUUUGAAAAAUAUGAAUAAACAUGAAAUUUUAAAAGCUGCCAAAUGA